AUGAUACUUGCAGAUGGUGGACUAUGCUGCAUAGAUGAGUUUGAUAAAAUGUCUGCUGAACAUCAGGCUUUACUGGAAGCAAUGGAACAACAGUGCGUUUCUGUUGCAAAAGCUGGACUGGUAGCAAGUUUAUCUGCUAGAACAUCUAUCUUAGCAGCAGCAAAUCCUGUUGGUGGUCACUAUAACCGAGCGAAAACAGUCAAUGAAAAUUUGAAAAUGAGUGCAGCUUUGCUCUCUAGAUUUGAUUUGGUUUUCAUAUUGCUUGAUAAACCUGAUGAGCUGCUGGACAAGCGACUUUCGGAGCACAUAAUGUCGCUUCAUGCCGGAUAUGGAGAAAGAUCACCAGCAGUGAAAAAGCCACGUAUAGCUAAAGCAUCAAAAAUCGUUGAAACAAUAAGUAUGAGCGUGAAAGAAUGUUCUUUAGUUUCUAGGCUGAGACUUGACCCUAAAAAGGAUGCUGAUUUUGUCCCAUUGCCUGGUGCACUUAUUCGGAAAUAUAUUGCUUAUGUAGGAACUUAUGUAUUCCCCAGAAUGUCAAAACCAGCUGCGGAAAUCCUGCAAAAAUUCUACUUACAACUUAGAGACCGUAGUACAUCUGGUGAUGGUACACCUAUAACAGCGAGACAAUUGGAGAGUCUGGUGAGACUGGCACAAGCUCGAGCACGAGUGGAGUUGAGGGAAGAAACAACAGCUCAAGAUGCUAAGGAUGCAGUUGAAAUAAUGAAAGAAUUGCUGUACGAUAAGUAUGUUGAUGAGCAUGGAUUUGUGGAUUUUGGUCGGAGUGGGGGAAUGAGUCAACAAAAAGAAGCAAAGCGGUUCUAA